GCACAGAAAUCAUGGAUAGAAAGAGCAUUUUACAAGAGAGAAUGUGUUCAUAUCAUACCCAGCACCAAAGACCCCCAUAGGUGUUGCUGUGGGCGUCUAAUAGGUCAGCAUGUUGGACUGACUCCAAGCAUCUCCGUUAUUCAGAAUGAGAAAAAUGAAAGCAGGCUUACUCGCAAUGACAUCCAGUCGGAGAAGUGGUCCAUCAGCAAGCACACACAGCUCAGCCCGACGGACGCUUUUGGAACCAUUGAGUUCCAAGGAGGAGGCCACUCCAAUAAAGCCAUGUAUGUACGUGUGUCUUUUGACACAAAGCCCGACCUUCUUCUGCACCUGAUGACCAAAGAGUGGCAGCUUGAGCUCCCUAAACUUCUCAUCUCUGUGCACGGGGGCCUUCAGAAUUUUGAACUUCAGCCAAAACUCAAGCAAGUCUUUGGAAAAGGCCUCAUUAAAGCUGCUAUGACAACUGGAGCGUGGAUAUUCACUGGAGGAGUAAACACAGGAGUCAUUCGGCAUGUUGGAGAUGCACUGAAAGAUCAUGCCUCAAAAUCUCGAGGGAAGAUCUGCACCAUUGGUAUAGCUCCCUGGGGGAUUGUGGAAAAUCAAGAGGAUCUGAUUGGCAAAGAU